AUGGACAUGGUCAUUAUUUCAGUUGUUCACAGAACGGUUGACUUAAAUACUCUUUCCAAUCCCCUAUUUCUCGAUGCGCCGCAAGGAAGAGAACAACUAUACGCCGUUCGGGAUUACUUUCAAAAUUGCGGAGUGCUAUCCCAAAUGAGUGCUUAUAAGGCUCUCCACGAGUUUAUUAACAAUCCGAACAACAGCCCCAUCAAGAAGUACAACAAAAUUAGUACGUUCCCAUUUAUGAAUCUUGACGACAAAGGCAGAAUCGUACUUUUGUUACAGGCUCUUGAGGCAUAUCCCUUAUUCCAGGACCGAGUUGGUCACUUAGACCGAACGACGGAACUCAAGUACGCUGAUUUAAGCGAGAAGGUUGAUUGUUUAUCAUGGUCUCCACCAGCGAUUUCGACAGAGACUGGAAACUUACAACCCAAACGCAUCAAAAGGAGAAGGGAACGUCCAUAUUGUCAUUUCUGUCAUAAAAUCGGCCACGACGAUGAACGUUGUUACAAGAAAAACAAACGAUUACGCACCGACCACCAGGCAAAAAGUGCCGUGAAAGACCUGAGCGAGCUGGAAUAUACUCUUGAGUCUGGUCACAGCAACCAAUAUCCUGAAAGUCAAGCUAUUGAUGCUAACGAGGCGGAAGCCGAAGCAACUUCAGGAAAGAUACUUUUCAAAGCGGGCGCAAAACGAUUUCUAGUCGAGGGACCCAUUUCGUUUCUCGAUCCCCGGCUCAUGAACUAA